AUCCGUGUCUUCUCUGUGCCACGCAUUGGCGGCGCUGUUGUGCAAUUUGGAUGGAUGGGGUCAAAGUUGAAGUUGGAAGGUUUUGCCGGGAAAGUUUUCAGAGCAUCAGCGCAGCCAUGGUUAAGAUAACAGAAAGUCUCCUGCUAGAGAAAGGGACCCCUAAAGCCAACAAACUGGAACAGAUCAAGACAUUGAAUCUGUCCAAAUUGGGCUUGAGCAGUCAGGACCUGCCUGUGCCUCUGCUGUCUCGCCUGAGCGGCCUGGAGGAGCUGGACCUUUCCGGAAACCACUUGCAGGAGCUUCCUCCGGGCUUGAGCUUGCCCUCCCUGCGCGUGCUCAACUGGUCCGACAACGACCUGGAGGACGUCAUGUCGCUGGCACCUCUGACAGCCCUGGAGGAGCUGCACCUGGACGACAACCUCUACGUCACUGUUAGCGAUAACUACAAAGUGAUGUUCCUCUUGUCAAAUCUGAGGAAUCUCAACGGCAAAAACAUCAGCUACAUAACUAAACACCUCCACAGUAUUGGGACCGCGGCCCUCCAGAAGCGGGUCGAAGCACUGUGGGACAGUAAAUUCUCUCUCCCUGACCGCCCAACGCCUGAGAAACUGAAGAGUGUGGAGAAGGAAUUUGUUCAUGAAGCGCAGUCACGGAUAAAGUAUGGCCCCAACUCCCUCACGGACUACACAAAAUGGAGGCUGGAGAUGCUUGCCAAGGAGCACCUGCAUUCCCUGGUUGAGCCCGGUGAACAGAAAGACCCAAAGGACACCAAGGACAAGAGUGGUCAGCAGUCCUCCGGCAAGAGGAAGAGCUGUGAGCCAGAUGCCGGCAGGGAGAACGGUAGCCCCCGUAAGAAAACCAGGGUGGCCGAGGCGGCCCCAGCCGAAGCCAGCCCCCGGAAGUCAUCGCGGCUCCUGACCUCCCCGGUGAAAGAGGAGAAGCCUCUCCGCUCCCCCAGAAAGGCACCGGCAGUGCCAGACAGCCCCGCAGGGAUAGGGUCCAAAGCAGAGGGCCUGAGGAGGAGGCUCAGGGAGCCCCCGAAAGACACCCCGUCGCCCAAAAAACAGCCCAGGACACCCAACAAGGCCCCGGCUCAGGAGGGGAAGGUGGAGAAAAGCACGCCUCAGAAAAUGACCAGCAUCAAAUCCAAAGACCCUGUGAGUCUGCAGCCCCUCCACGUCCUGCAGUGCCACAGCAGGCAGGACAGCCCCGAUGACUUCAGCACCCAGCUGUGGGCCUGCGCCUUCCAGCCCCCACAGGACAGCUGCGACCAGACGUCCCGCAUUGUGGCCACCUGUGGGGGGGAGUCAGUGUGCCUCAUCGACUGUGAGACGGGGCACGUCCUGAAGAAGUACAAGGUCCCCGGUGAGGAGUUCUUCACCCUGGCCUGGUCCUCCGUCACCAUGUCUCCCCAGGGUGGAGGGGUGCAGCGCAGGCUCAGUGUCCUGGCGGCUGGGGGCAAGAAGGGGCUGGUGAAGCUCAUCCACCCGCGCGCUAACCUGGCAUACGGGGAGUUCAGGGCCUCCCGCCGCGCCCUCUCCACCCUGUCCUUCAGCCCCCACCAGCAGAGCGUCCUCUUCACUGGGUCGUAUGAGAAUAAAAUUGUGAUGUGGGACAUCGGUGGAGUGGACAACGACUACACGUUUAAAGUCAGCCAGCUCCUGGUCCUGGAGACUGGCUCCACCCCCCUGCACCUGGGCCUGCCCCCCUUCGGCCAGGACACACGCCACCUGCUGGCCGCUUGUGACGAGGGCCUGCUCUGCUUCAACGCCCAACUGGGCAAGGGCGAGCGAAAGAGGACAGAAGAGAUGGAGAUCACGUUCCCUGUGUACGCCAGAGAGGAAGGGAAGGGUGAACACUAUCGCACCAUCGAUGGCUUGGCCUUCCUCACUGAUGACAUUGUGGCGUCUAAGAGCCACAUGCAGGGCUCGAUCUACCUGUGGAGCUGGAGCCGCACGCGGGCGUCCAAAGGGAAGGUGGUGUCUGCAGUGAUCCUGGCAGAGCUGGAGUGGGCCAACACGGACACGCCUUACCUCUCUCUGGGCACCUGUCCUGGUGAGGGAUACGUGGUCUGUGGAGAUGAGAAGGGGAGACUCUGGACGUACCACCUUGCAGACCUUAUAAAGGCUGGAGGCAAGAAUGGAAAAGUGAUUUCUCCCACAGAGGUUCUGGACUGGCCUUCCCCUGUGAGGAAGGGGCUGGGUCUUGUGGACGGGCCCUCCAUCAACAGUGUGAGCAUGGACCCAGAGCUGCAGUACCUGGUGGCCCUCAGCGACAAGAACAUGGUCGUGGUGUGGGGUAGAGGGCAGUCCUGAGGAAUGCAGACUCGGCCAGUGGUCACCAACCCUGUUCCUGGAGAUCUACCGUCCUACAGGUUUUCACUCCAACCCUAACAACGCACACCAAAUUCACCUGCUUCAGAUUUCAUUGAGCUGCCAAUUAAUAGAAUCAGGUGGGCCAAAGUAGGAUUGAAUUGAAAUUGAGAUCUCCAAGGAACAAGGUUGGUUACCUCUGGUUUAGGCUGAUCCAGCUCCCAGCACGUGGUCCACCUUCAUUUUAAUCUCUCUUGGAGUUGGCCUCUGGAUCUGCAGCCCGAAGAUGGAUGACUCCGACGUCCAGCAGAACUUCACCACUCCCUGACUGACUCUACAUACGAGUGACGCUGGAAGAUGUUUCCUAUUGGGAACGUGAAUUUAAGGAGGCUUGGAAGUAUUGAAGUUUUCAAUAAUUAGUGCUAAAUGUAAUGGUGAAAGUCAAAAACUUGUGAAAAAAGAACUCACUUUUUUGUUACAUAACCUUGUAUUCGCUGUUAAAAGAUUUUAAUCCGGAGCUGUAGGGCUGAAACUUUAGAGGAAUUUUACUGUAUGUAUGUACAGUAUGACAGCGCUUGUGUUCGUCAAUGACCUGUACAUGCUAAUGUCCUUACCUGCUGUAGACUGUCGGGCAAAGUAGACCACAGCAUGUACGCUUGUGGAUCAAAGUUUGAGAUGUGAUUGCAUGAAAAUAUGAAUGAAGGUUCAAGGGGGAAUGUACAUACCAGUACUCCUUGUUUAAGCAUUUUAUUUUUAAAUGUAUUUUAGACUUUUGACAUUAAAACCCUGUAUUUCA